UGCCGGAGCAGCGACUCGACCCAGGUUACCCGUUUCAAACAACAGGCGUAGAUUACUGCGGUCCUUUACAAGCUGCCGAUAGGAAAGGACGUGGAUCUAAAACUAUCAAGGUGUAUAUUGCUGUCUUUGUCUGUUUCACUACAAAGGCAUUACAUUUAGAAUUGGUUACCGAUUUAACAAAGGAAACGUAUAUUGCUGCGUUACGUAGGUUCAUUGCUCGGCGAUCCAAGCCCUCCAUUAUAUUUUCUGAUAAUGGUACACAAUUUGUUGGGGCUAAAAAUGAAAUUCAGAAUUUCUUAAAACAAGAAUCUCUAAAUUUAGCUCAGUAUAUGGCAAACGAAGGCAUAGACUUUAAGUUCAUACCCGCCUAUACUCCUCAUUUUGGAGGCAUAUGGGAGGCGGGCGUUAAAUCUGUUAAAUACCAUCUAUUGAGAGUAUUAGGAAACGCUCGUUUAACAUUUGAAGAAUUAUAUACAGUUUUAGUUCAAAUAGAAUCAAUAUUGAAUUCUCGUCCUCUAUCACCAAUUUCCUCAGAUCCUAACGACCUUACUCCUCUCACUCCUGGUCAUUUUCUAGUUGGACGUCCUUUAACAGCGCUGCCUACAUCUAGCCUAAUCAACGUAAAUCCCAAUAGACUACAACGUUGGGAACUAGUAGAACAGCUACGUCAGAAUUUUUGGAUACGCUGGCAGAAGGAGUACGUGUCUGAACUUCAACAAAGGACCAAGUGGAAGACUUCUAAGGGCGAUCUGAAGGAAGGGACAAUGGUCGUGAUCAAGGAUGAUGCACUGCCUCCGUUGAAGUGGAGCCUUGGACGAGUUCGUCGAGUGUUCCCAGGUCCUGACGGAGUUAAUCGUGUUGCAGACAUAGAAACCACUAAAGGCCUGACAAGACGAGCAUUCAAUAAAAUUUGUCCACUACCAAUCAAUGAGGCUGUUGAAACCCAAGAUUUCAACGUCGGGGGGCAUGUUAAGGAUCAGCGCGGGACGGGGGAGAUGAGCGCCCCACCGCGGUCGACAGACGAGCUAGCUCAUUAGCAUUACCGGAGUCACCGUGUGUAGUAUACAUAUGUACAUCAUUUUUGUAAACUCACAGUUGUGCCAAUAAACAGUUAUACAGUC